UCACGUGACUCAAUAUCUAUGCCUCAAAAUUCAAAACAAAAGUCAAACCAUCAAACACUGAAUAGUCAGGUUGAAUUAUGUCAGCAGUGAUUUCACUCAUAGAAAGAUUACUAGAAGGACAGAAAGAGCUGCACGAAGACAUUCAGAAUCUUAAAAAAAGGAAAAAUAGAGAAAAGUCACAAAUCACUGAUAGCCAGGCACCUCAGCAAGAGAGAGACAGAAGACCAAAAAUUAUUAAUGAUAGCCGUUAUGGUGCAUUAGAUCAGAGAUUGAAUGAGAGUCGUAGAACAUGGAAGACGCCAAGAAAGUCAAGCGGUGAUGCUAGAGUGGUCCCUGGCUACGACUGGGUCGCUGGUCUACUGGAUACAACUGGACAAUCAGUUUCACAGUUCAGUACAACAUGGCUACAGGAACUGAAGGAGUUCAGACAAGUCAAUCAUUCGGAAUGCUACAUGCCACAAGAACAUUUAUCAAGACAUGCUGAACCAAAUGAUAUCAAUGAUUCAGAUAUAAGCGAUGAAGACUCACAUCCCAACAAAACUAAUAAUGAUUACAUUCAUAGCUAUUCACUUGGUGAUAGAUUAUUUCCUGUGCCCAUCAAUUGCACUUGUAAUAAUGAAACACGCUGUCCUGUUUGUGAAGACUUGAUCCAUCCAAACACAUCAACCAAAUCUCCUAGUCUAGUACAGGUGAGUGUACCUCAUGAUUUAUUACAAGUUCAAUACAAGUCAAGACCUCAUCGUAGAGUUAGUUUCAAUCCUUCAGAUUCAUUAGGACUAUCACAGCAUUGUCUCUCAGGUUGGCACAACUCUCGACUACUCUCCAUUCCACAUUCCAAAAGUGUCUCGUUAAAAUCAUCAAUCAAACAGUAACAUUGAUAGUGUUACAGUACAUGUACAUGUACACUUUUAUAAUGUGUAAACAUGAAUAUUAGCAAUGUACUUUAUAAACUGUAACAGUAUGAAAUGACAUCAAAGCACACGUGACAUUGAUCCUUGUUCAUACAAAUUGACCAAUAACCCAGGAAUUGACUUAGAA